UCCCCUGUAUGUGUGGUACAAACAACAUGCCGAAAAAGAUAGUCAUCCAAGUACAAAUAAGCUGCGAAAAGUGCAGAAGCAAGGCCCUCAAGAUUGCUGCUGAAACAGAUGGGGUGAACUCGAUAGCAAUAGAAGGGGAUAACAAAGAUAAGUUGGUUGUGAUCGGAGAUGGAAUUGAUUCAGCUACUCUCACCUGUACGCUCAGGAAAAAGCUUGGAUUUGCCACCAUAGUCACUGUGCAAGAUGAGAAACCUAAAGAUAAAAAACCUGAACCUCUCCCUGUGUGCAUUCCAUCAAUAUGUUACCCCUAUCCUCCCACAUGCCAAGAACUAGUUGUCUGUGAUCCAAACCCUAGUCCCUGUUCAAUCUUGUAAUUCCAUCAUCUCUUCAAAUUAAACGUGUGUGUUUUCUGGUUUCUUAUUAUUCUUCUUAAUGCUAAUCCUACCUACCUACCACAUGUCUUCACGUCUUUCGUUCUUGUUCCUAUUGUUGGAAAUAAAAACCAAUUCCAGUA